CAGCUCAGAUUAGAUCCCUAGCUUGGGAGGCUCCAUGUGCCGCAAAGUUGGCCCUAAAAAGAAAAAAAAAACAAAACAAAACAAAAAAAGAGUUUGGUAAACUUAAAUAAAUGUUACCUUUUAUUAAUUACUAUCAAUUUUGAAUGAAUGCUUAAUAAAUUCUGUUUGACAGUGCAGAUGGUUUUAAUACAAACAACUGAUAAAAGCAAGCUGCCCUGAUACGGAUCUUAACAUAUGCUCCUGCUAACAGCCUCAGUAAAGAACCUGAUUAUUAAUAAACGUGGAAGUGCAUAUAUGUCUUCAGUAUCCUGUUUCCAUAUACCCUGGAAUUGCUGGAUCAUAUGAAUAUUUUCCUUCUUGGACAUAGUAACUUUGUGCCGAUGUGCACAGAUUUCCAAGGCUUGGAACAUAUUAGCCCUGGAUGGAAGCAACUGGCAAAGAAUAGACCUCUUUAACUUUCAAACAGAUGUAGAGGACCUUUGCGCAGAACUGCCGAAAUAUUGAACAUUUAAACCUCAAUGGGUGCACAAAAAUCACUGACAGUGCAUCUGCUAUAUUUCAGCACGUGUUACAGCCUUAGCAGAUUCUGUUCCAAGCUGAAACAUCUGGAUCUGACCUCCUGUGUGUCCAUUACAAACAGCUCCUUAAAAGGGAUAAGUGAGGGAUGCCGGAACCUGGAGUACCUGAACCUGUCAUGGUGUGACCAGGUCACGAAGGAUGGCAUCGAGGCCCUGGUGCGAGGCUGCCGCAGCCUGAGGGCCCUGCUGCUGAGGGGCUGCACACAGUUAGAAGACGAAGCUCUGAGACACAUUCAGAAUUACUGCCACGAGCUUGUGAGCCUCAACCUCCAGUCCUGCUCGCGCAUCACAGAUGAAGGCGUGGUGCAGAUAUGCAGAGGCUGUCCCCGGCUGCAGGCCCUCUGCCUUUCUGGCUGCAGUAACCUCACAGACGCGUCCCUCACGGCCCUGGCUUUGAACUGCCCAAGGCUUCAGAUUUUGGAGGCUGCCCGAUGUUCCCAUUUGACUGAUGCAGGCUUUACUCUUUUAGCUCGGAAUUGUCAUGACCUGGAGAAGAUGGAUCUCGAAGAAUGCAUCCUGAUAACGGACAGCACACUCAUCCAGCUCUCCAUUCACUGUCCUAAGCUGCAAGCCCUGAGUCUGUCCCACUGCGAGCUCAUCACAGAUGACGGCAUCCUACACCUAAGCAACAGCUCCUGUGGCCACGAGAGGCUACGGGUGCUGGAGCUGGACAACUGCCUCCUUGUCACCGAUGUGGCCCUAGAGCACCUAGAGCACUGCCGGGGCCUGGAGCGCCUUGAGCUCUAUGACUGCCAGCAGGUCACCCGUGCGGGCAUCAAGCGGAUGCGGGCCCAGCUCCCUAACGUCAAAGUCCAUGCCUACUUUGCCCCUGUUACCCCGCCGACAGCAGUGGGAGGGAAUGGACCACGGCUGUGCAGGUGCUGUGUCAUCCUCUGACGGCAGCCACCCAGCCUGGGGCUUCAAGCGGCACCCUUUCCUCCAGAGCACAGUCUCUCUGACCUACUCCACCGUCACCCACAUCUGUUGAUUCUCCUUUGGGAAAGGAAUUUACAGGUAAAGGACUUCUUCAGUGACUGGUGAUAGGAUCCAAUUCAGAGCCUUGUGUCAGUAACACAGGGCAAGAGUGGUCUUAGUGUAGCCAGGUUGUUGCAGGAAACUGGGAUCUCCUCAGGGGUGGGUGCCUCCCUAGGCACAAAAUUCCUGCCCCACCCUGGCUGGCAGCAUUCCUCAGACCCAGUGCUAGCACAAACUGAGCAGAAAAACGAGCUUUUGAUUUUUCUAUCUGAUACUUAAGCCAGUGGCCUACUUUUAUUCACAACAAUUCCAUUUUGAUUAGCAGGACUUUUCUGCUUUGAUAAAGAACAACUCAGUCAAAGUGACAAUACUGUAAAUCUACAAUGCCUGACAGUUUUCUAUGUAGAGACUUUAGGUGGAAGGCAAGUUAAUAGGUUUCCAUGAGACACCAAAGAAAUGAGGACUCUGGGUAGCAUGGAGCAGCGUCUUCACCUUUCUCUUGCUGUCAACUUGUCCUGUGUACUUUCGGGGACCAGAAACUAAGCAAAAGCAACUCAGAGUUUGUGUAUCCCAACUGGAAAUGAUAAGCUCUGGCAUAUGCUACAGCACGUGCAUUUUUGUUAAAGACAGUUAUGUCAUCACAAAAUUUGGGGAACCUUAAGGAAACAGAAUUAAAGCUCAAGUUAUCUAUAAUAUAAUCAAUUAAAAAUAAUCAAUGGAUGCAUGUAGAAUGGGUGUGAUUUUUUUUCCAAGUUUAUUUUAAAAUCUUAGAAAUCAAGUUACACCAGGACUACUCAAAAAUUAUACACACUUAAAACUCAUCAGUAAAGUGUUGGCACCUUUGAGAAUUUAAGACUAUAAAAAUGAAAAACCAUUGCAGUGCUUAAGUUAGAAGAUUUUAUUGCUAUUACCUAUGGCAGACAAUUCUGAGCAAAACCAUUUUGCAAAUUUGUACGUCCCUAAUGUUACCUAAAAUGUGUGGAGGUGAUCUAGUUUCUGCUCUCUGCUGUCCACAUCGGUGAUCUUUAUUCAUUAAGAUUAGGAACCCAGUCACCACCUUCAUUGUGAACCUCUGUGUUAACGGCAGCCCAGCCUUCUUAGGUUGCCCCAAACUGAAGAGCCCAGAGCUCCUGAGAAACUAAAGUGAAAGAGCAAAAACAAAUACCCCAUGACUAGUGACGCUUCUGGUAGGGUUAGGGUUUCUAGAAGUGGAGAGUUUUAGAAGCUUGUAGGAUACAAGGCUUCAGCUGUAUUCUGGGGAGAGAAGGCCAAUUAGACAAUUCCCUGUCAGUUUAACAAGCAUUAAAGUCCUAAUGAUUUUACUGCCUUACUAUAUAUUCCAGUAUUUCCUGCUCUAAAACUGUAUGUAUAACAGUUACUUAAAUAUACAUUUAUACCACUGUGGGGUGGGGGCGGGGGAAUGACUGAUUCAGGAAGCUAUGAGUAUAGUUUCUAUUUAAAAAAUUUAAAUGACCAGGGCCUUCUGUACAUCAUCUCCUCUGAGCCAGGACACAACUUAUCACAGCUAUUGGACUCUGGAACAAUUACUGGAAUAACCUGUCCUCAGUUGCAUCAGCUUUGAGAAGACAACAAACUGAAAACACACAACACACCUCUUCAAACAUUUGGACUGGUGUGUAUUCAGAACAUACACAGUGAACCCCUUGAGUCUUAUGCCGUGAGUGACACUGGCAGGAACCUGGAUUUUAAAUGAGACACACAUUUGCAAAACAAUCGGAAAACAUUUAUUAUACUGAAAUGUGUACAUCCUACUAUUAAAAAAACAAAGUAGCAAAUUUGCUGGUGCCAUAAUUUAACCUUUUUCACUGGGACAAACUAAUGUUCAAUGCCGCUUGGUGUAAUUUCAAGUUUGAUGAGCUUUUAAUUAUUCUUACCCCACUUCUAAAACCUGAUGAGGAAUUCAAAAUAGCACACAGCAUUAAAUGACAUUUAUUGUUCCAUAAAUCUUGAGACUCAAAAAGGAAUGCUAAAUAGACAAGCAAAACUCUAAAACAAUUGAGAGAUAAGCUCACUUCUUUCCCAAGUGACUGGUACAGAAAACAUGUGGUCAUACAAAAGCAAAGGGAAAAUGACAGAAAGGAAAGCUCUCCUGCUUUAGGGUCUAUACAAGUUACAGAUUUCAAACUGAAGAUGGAAACAUUUAGAGACAGUACUUUCUCAGCUCAAAUAACCCCCUUUAUGAAUAAAACAAUGCCAAAGCCUUUACUCACUUAAGUAGUUUGUCUUCUGGGAGAGAUUUUCAACUCAAUAUUAUUCCUAUUUCUGCCUGAACAAAGGUAAGAAUCAAAUAAUACAUUCAAAUCCAAGACACAGGGUAAAUGGACAGAGGUGUAUAAUUAAAAUGGAAUCAAAGUUUGAGAAGAAAACUGUCUAGUACACCACAGGCCUCAAAUGCUUGCUUGAUGAUUUUUGGGAAGGCUUUGGGUGAAGGGAAGAGAAGUAGUAGAAAAAAUUGCAAAAACAGUGGAUUCCCUUUGAAAAGUGUACUGGCCGACAAGCAUUUGGUUUUGUGAAAGAGGCACUCUUUAUAGAAAAAAGCUAUUGUGUGGUGUAUAAAAAAGUCCCUAAAUAAUCACUAGAAUGUUACCCAUGAUUGUACUAAAGCUCAAUAUUUGAGAAGAAGUGAGAGGAAUUUUGAUGGUACAAUAUAGUGUUUGAUUUGUGAUGUCUAGUGUUCCAUGAAUAAUUUCAAUUCUUCAUAAUGAAACCCGUUAACACCAAGUCAGAAACUGCUUCCCCUGCCUAAAUGUAUUUCCAAUGUCAGGAACAGGGCUUUAAAAAUGUUUUAGGACUGGAUAGUGCAGAGUGGGGUGGGCAAUUGGAGACCGAGAGGGAGAGAGGAAAAAAAACCACGAGUUUAAAAGGCAUUGGGGCUUCAAAAAUGAAAACCAGAAACAAAAUGCUAAGAACAGAAGCAGAAGCAAAAAGUUUCUCGAUAAAUCUGUGACAAAGCAAAAACACAAAGUCUUUGUACCUAUUAGGAUUUACGCUGAUCCUCUCACCAAGGUACUCUUGAUAAUGCAGUUUGCGUCAAGCCCAUCUUCCCGGCUUGGAUCUUCCCCGCUCUGGCGUGAUCACGUCACACAUUCACCCUCAGACAUGAUUUCUUCUGAGAAGGCGCCAAGCCUCUCCCAUGACCACCCAUCACCCGUGUCAGUGGUGGCCUCGUGUCUCUCCGCACACAGAUUCCGUCCCCACCCUGCCCCAGGUCAG